AGUAAGAACACUAAUAGCACUAAGUUAAAUAUUAAGACUAGUAACUCGUUUAGCAAUUACGAGAUAUGCUUAAAAAGCAAAUUUACUAGUAAGAUAAGUAGAGAUCUAAUCUUAACUCUAGUUAAUAAUUUUAGCAAUCUUAUCUACUACGAUCUAGAAGAAUCUAUUAAGCUUAGAACGAAUAAGGGCUAUAGAUACUAUAUUACCUUUCUAGACUAUUAUACUAAGUAUCUUAAAGUUAAUCUUCUUAUAUCUAGAUUAGAGCUUAUAGUACUAGUUAAAGCUUUUAUUAAAAGAGCUAAAGUAUAA